GGGAAAGAGAGGGAGAGAAAGAGCAAGCUUUCUUACUCAGGGGGGAAAGCGUUUUGAGCUUCAACAUGGCCUCGCUGUGAUAUCUGAUCACUGGAGAUUCCAUCGUUAGUGCUGAGGCAGUAUGGGAUCACGUCACCAUGGCCAACCGGGAGUUGGCAUUUAAGGCUGGCGACGUCAUCAAAGUCUUGGAUGCUUCCAACAAGGAUUGGUGGUGGGGCCAGAUCGACGAUGAGGAGGGAUGGUUUCCUGCCAGCUUUGUGAGGGAUCCAGACUCCAGAGAAGAGAGGAGAAGGCCUCAGCCUAUUCAUACUGAAGUGUUAAUGAUUGAUAUCAAACUUUUGCCUGAGAAUGAUUUGGAGGAGAGAAGGGACCAUGAAGGAAGCAAGGAAAUGAAGUACGUGAGGAGUUUCUUGCAUUUUGCAAAGUCUGAGGACUUCUGCCAGUGUUCACUCUGGGUGAACCAGGAGGAUGGGGUGGAGGAAGGGCCCAGUGACGUUCAGAAUGGGCACCUGGACCCCAACUCAGACUGCCUUUGUCUGGGCCGGCCACUCCAAAACCGGGACCAGAUGCGAGCCAACGUAAUCAAUGAGAUCAUGAGCACCGAGCGUCAUUACAUCAAGCACCUAAAGGACAUUUGUGAGGGCUACCUGAAGCAAUGCCGGAAGAGAAGGGACAUGUUCAGUGAUGAGCAACUGAAGGUGAUCUUUGGGAACAUUGAAGACAUCUACAGGUUUCAGAUGGGCUUCGUAAGAGACCUGGAGAAACAGUACAACAAUGAUGACCCCCACCUCAGCGAGAUAGGGCCCUGCUUCCUGGAGCACCAAGAUGGAUUCUGGAUAUACUCUGAGUACUGUAACAACCACCUGGACGCCUGUAUGGAGCUCUCCAAACUGAUGAAGGACAGCCGCUACCAGCACUUUUUUGAGGCCUGUCGCCUCUUGCAGCAGAUGAUCGACAUUGCUAUUGAUGGUUUCCUUUUGACACCAGUGCAGAAGAUCUGCAAGUAUCCCUUACAGUUGGCUGAGCUCCUCAAGUAUACUGCCCAGGACCAUAGUGACUACAGGUAUGUGGCAGCUGCUCUGGCUGUCAUGAGAAAUGUGACUCAGCAGAUCAAUGAACGCAAGCGACGCUUGGAGAAUAUUGACAAGAUUGCCCAGUGGCAGGCCUCUGUCCUAGACUGGGAGGGCGAGGACAUCCUAGACAGGAGCUCGGAGCUGAUCUACACUGGGGAGAUGGCGUGGAUCUACCAGCCCUACGGCCGCAACCAGCAGCGGGUCUUCUUCCUGUUUGACCACCAGAUGGUCCUCUGCAAGAAGGACCUGAUCCGGAGAGACAUCCUGUACUACAAAGGCCGCAUUGAUAUGGAUAAAUAUGAGGUAGUUGACAUUGAAGAUGGCAGAGAUGAUGACUUCAAUGUCAGCAUGAAAAAUGCCUUCAAACUUCGUAACAAGGAAACUGAGGAGAUACACCUAUUCUUUGCCAAGAAGUUGGAGGAGAAGAUACGCUGGCUCAGGGCUUUCAGAGAAGAGAGGAAAAUGGUACAGGAAGAUGAAAAAAUCGGCUUUGAAAUUUCUGAAAAUCAGAAGAGGCAGGCUGCAAUGACUGUGAGAAAAGUCCCGAAACAAAAAGGUGUCACCUCUGCUCGCUCAGUUCCUCCUUCCUACCCACCACCGCAGGACCCGUUAAACCAGGGCCAGUACCUGGUCCCUGAUGGCAUCGCUCAGUCACAGGUCUUUGAGUUCACCGAACCCAAGCGCAGCCAGUCACCAUUCUGGCAAAACUUCAGCAGGUUAACCCCCUUCAAAAAAUAAUACCAACAGGGAGGCAGAUAAUUUUAAAAUAAAGUAAAUAAAAUUAUAUUUAUAGAUGGACCUUUUUUCGGAGAAGCACUGUUGAAAUAUAUAUAUAUAUAUAUACACACACACACACACACAGGCAUACACACACACAUACACGCACACAGGACCUUGAGUGUACACACACACACACACACACACACACACACACACACACAUGCAGAAGGACCAAAAAUAUUUUCUGUUGUUUUGGGAAAGUAAAAUCUGUAAUUGGUAAGAAGAAGUACCAAUGAAUUCCAAACACAUGAUCCCUUCUUAAAAAGUUUUCCAUUC